CACAUUUCAAAGAGCCUCCGGGCACAAAUUGCUGGGGGUGAAGCGCCCCCGGAAGGAAGAGAAGAAGCGAAUCGAGGAAGAAACCAGCGAGGAGACAGCCAGUACUGCUGCCGCCGUCACCGACGAAGGAUUACCCGGAGCCCGAGGUAGUUUGUUAUGGGCCAGCGGAACAAGAGCUGUGAAGGAUUACAGUAGGUGUGCAGGCUGCCGUCAAUCAAAAGUUGUCCACCCCCACUAGAAGCAGCUCCGCCUCAGUAAUUUGGUGCGCCUUCAGGCCUUGCCGUCUCAUAAUGGCGGAAGUGGCCAGCAGGGAGCCGGAAGUGCACGAUCUGGAGAACGGGGCCGACGGGGCGAGGUCAUCCCUCAACUCCUCAUCCUUGGCGCCCACGGCCAACGCCAAAAAGGAUCUACCGGAGCGUGGCACAUGGAGCUCGAAGCUUGACUUCAUCCUCAGUGUGGUUGGUCUGGCCAUUGGAUUGGGCAACGUUUGGCGAUUCCCGUACCUGUGUUACAAAAAUGGUGGCGGGGCCUUUCUCAUCCCUUACUUUCUCACAUUGUUCCUUGCCGGCAUACCAAUGUUUUUUAUGGAGUUAGCGCUGGGUCAGAUGCUGACCAUCGGCGGCCUCGGCGUCUUUAAGAUUGCCCCGCUAUUCAAAGGUAUCGGUUACGCCGCGGCAGUCAUGUCCUGCUGGAUGAACGUCUACUACAUCGUUAUUCUCGCCUGGGCGAUCUUCUACUUCUUCAUGUCCAUGCGCACUGAGCUACCCUGGGGCAGCUGUAAUAAUUACUGGAACACUAAGAACUGUGUCAAUCCGUAUGAGAGAAAAAAUCUCUACUGCUUCCAACAAAUCGACAAGAGCAGCAAUCUUAUCAAGAUGUGUACGUUUAACCACGUGAACGUUAGUGCAGCGGAGCUUACCGAUCCCGUCAAAGAAUUUUGGGAACGAAGAGCUUUACAAAUCAGCCCGGGGGUUGAAUACGUUGGCGGCAUUAGAUGGGAAUUAGCUGGCACCCUACUACUCGUCUGGAUUAUGUGCUACUUUUGCAUCUGGAAGGGAGUUAAAUGGACUGGAAAAGUCGUUUACUUCACAUCAUUGUUUCCUUAUGUCCUGUUGACAAUUCUACUCAUCAGGGGUAUCACACUGCCAGGUGCCAUGGAGGGCAUCCACUUUUAUAUAAGUCCGAAUCUCUCGAAGCUAAAAGAAUCCGAGGUCUGGAUAGACGCAGUAACGCAGAUAUUCUUCUCGUAUGGGCUUGGCCUAGGAACGCUGGUCGCCCUCGGUAGCUACAACAAGUUCUCGAAUAACGUCUACAAGGACGCGCUGAUCGUCUGCUCUGUCAAUUCAUCGACAUCGAUGUUCGCGGGCUUCGUGAUUUUCUCAGUGGUCGGUUACAUGGCGCACGAGCAACAGAAGCCCGUCGCCGAAGUAGCGGCAUCUGGACCUGGUUUGGCCUUCCUCGCCUAUCCUUCGGCAGUGCUUCAACUACCCGGUGCACCACUCUGGUCCUGUCUCUUCUUCUUUAUGCUACUGCUCAUUGGCCUCGACUCGCAAUUCUGCACGAUGGAGGGCUUCAUUACAGCGAUGGUGGACGAGUGGCCAAAGCUAUUACGACGACGCAAAGAGAUUUUCAUCGCAAUCGUCUGCCUUCUCUCGUAUUUAAUUGGUUUAUCCUGCAUCUCCGAAGGCGGCAUGUACGUCUUCCAAAUCCUCGAUUCCUAUGCCGUCUCUGGAUUUUGCCUACUUUUCCUUAUCUUUUUCGAAUGCAUUUCGAUCAGCUGGGCCUUUGGAGUAAAUCGCUUUUACGAUGGGAUUCGCGACAUGAUUGGCUAUUAUCCACUCACUUGGUGGAAGUUCUGUUGGGUCAUUACAACACCCAUGAUAUGCAUCGGAGUCUUCUUCUUUAAUCUGGUGCAGUGGACGCCAAUCAAAUAUCUCGACUACGAAUAUCCUUGGUGGUCGCAUAUACUUGGUUGGGUGACGGCACUUUCAUCGAUGCUUUGCAUACCUGGCUACAUGCUUUAUGCCUGGGUGACAACUCCAGGAGACAACAAGACGAGAUUCAAAUUGCUGAUCCGAAUAGAAGACGACAUAUCAACGCUAAGAACGAAAAUGGGCCAUUCGGCUGUCGAAUUAACGCCCCUAUAGUCCGUCUAGUAAUAAAGUUUAGAAGGGCGUUUUGGCGCUACUUUUUGUGCGCGCGAUCGAUUGCCAAAGGCAAGGGCUUCGAUCGUGUCGCGAACCAACUCUUCCAAUUAUAAACUGCAACAUGAGGAACAUCGAACCUUACGCAUAUACUCGAGUCAAUCCACUAAAGAAACAUAUCGUCAAACGUAACGUAUCAUAAAAUAAAUGAAAAUUAUUAUGCCAAAAUUUUAGUAAGCAGCAAUCUUUCAGCAAACAAAGGAGCAUUGAUUUAUGUUAAUAAGUAAGUAAUCGACUCUGUAAACCUUCGUUUUAAAGCGUUCAACUUUCGAAUAGGGAAAAAGUUUUAUAUAUUUCUAAAUAGACAUGUUUACAUUGAAAUUUUUGAAUGAUUUUUCAAUGAUCCACGCAAACAAAAACACCGAUAUCUAGACAAUAAAUCUUUAUUCCUAUAUUUGUUUAGUUACAGUCACACGAAGAGAAUUUCCUUUUAACGAUUACUUUGUAAUUAGUGUAGUUAAAAAGAUAAUCUUAUAUAAAUAAAUAAUUUACAAAGGAUUAU